UUUUAACCUUAACCAAAAGCGAGAGGCAUAAAAAAAUAGCUCUUAAAUUUAUCCAAUGAGAGGAAAGUUGUUAUCUUGCAAGUUUGGAGGAGAAUAAGCUUGUGUUAACUUGCAAAAACUUUCCAAAAUAGUUUUAUCUUAGCGAGUGAUGUGAACAUGGGCGAAGAGGCUAAAAGAGCCGGUUGGUCUAAUCAGGUGGAGUUUAUUCUGACCUUAAUAGGGUAUGCAGUAGGACUGGGGAACGUGUGGAGAUUCCCUUACCUUGCUUACAAAAACGGAGGAGGCGCUUUUCUGAUACCAUACUUUGUCUCCUUGGCCCUUAUUGGUGUUCCUUUGUUUUUCCUUGAACUAUCAUUUGGCCAGUUUGCCAGUCUAGGUCCCAUAAAGAUAUGGAUUGUAAAUCCUGCAUUCAAAGGUUUGGGGUUUGCCAUGACCAUCGUCUCUGCCUUGAUCGCAUUGUAUUACAACGUUGUGAUCGCCUGGUGCUUGUAUUACCUAUUUGCGUCCAUGACGUCAUAUCUACCCUGGCAGGACUGUGACAACGAGUGGAACACGUGUUCCUGUGCUGACGCAACGACGAACUUCUCGAGCCCGGAUCCUUGGAAUGGACGACGACCAGAUUGCUUGGCCGAUCUAGCUUCCAUCAAAAAUGGAAGUAAAAACACUCCAAGUUCAGAAUAUUUUACACGUAAAGUGCUGGGUGUGACUGACUCGUGGACUGACCCCGGGGGCCUCAAGUGGGACGUGACCCUCUGCAACCUUCUAGCCUGGAUCAUCGUGUUUCUGGUUCUGUCUAAAGGAAUCAAAUCCCUUGGAAAGGUUGUAUAUUUCACUGCCACAUUCCCAUACGUUCUGCUGACUGUCCUGUUGGUCCGUGGGUUGACACUUGAAGGGUCUCAUGAGGGGGUCAUGUACUACCUCACACCCAACUGGGAACGACUGUCGGAUGCCAGUGUGUGGUCGGAUGCCGCGGUACAAAUUUUCUACUCCCUCAGCGCCUGUUCUGGGGGUCUGAUUGCAAUGGCAAGCUACAAUAAGUUCAACAACAACGUUUUAAGAGAUUCCCUAGUUGUUCCUUUGAUAAACUGUUUGACGAGUUUCUAUGCCGGGUUCGUGAUCUUCUCAGUACUUGGAUUUAUGGCGAACUACAAACAUGACACGAUGGAACAUGUCGCAAAAGGAGGUCCGGGCCUCACUUUCAUCGUUUACCCAGAAGCCCUUGCACAGAUGCCUGUUGCUCCAUUGUGGGCUAUUCUGUUCUUCUUCAUGAUGGCCACCCUUGGUUUUAGCUCACAGUUUUCAAUAACGGAGACCGUGAUUACUGGAGUAAUGGACGAGUUUCCCGGAUUCUUCUCCAGUCGGGUCAAGCGAAUCCUCUUCCGUGCUGGAGUUUGCGCAGUAGCGUUUAUUCUUGGACUUCCGAUGACUUGUCGAGGAGGCGAGUACACCCUGAACCUAAUGGACACGUUUGUCGGGGGAUUCCCGCUAUUAUUCGUCGGACUCUUUGAAAUCAUCGCCAUCAUCUACGUUUAUGGAUUUUUCCGCUUCAAGAGAGACAUUGAGUUGAUGCUUGGAUCUAACAUUGUAAUCUCCGCCUUCUUCCUUUACUUUGGAGCGACCUGGCUGUUAAUUUCUCCAGUAGCGCUACUGGCUGUGAUAAUAUUCAAAGCCAUUCAGACCAAACCGGCGACGGACGGAAGUUACGUAUAUCCGGAGGGAGGACAGGCUCUUGGUUGGCUGAUCGUUUUAGCGCCCCUAAUCUGGAUCCCCGUCAUAUUCUUCUUUGAGGCCUUUAGAAAUGGACUUGGAAAGUUAUUGAAAAAGAUAAACUCUCCUGAGGAAAAUUGGGGACCAGCAUUAUCAGAAAACAAAACGGGGCGAUAUAGCGAUGAAUACAAAGAGAGAAUGAAGCAGAGAACCGGAAGUAAUGGUUACACCAUCUCAAAUCCGGAAGAACAGUCUUCCAGUGAAAAAUACGCCAGACUUCAGGCUACAUUUGUGACUUCAAAUCAAGCAAAUAUUCCCAACGGAAAAGAGGAACAUAUGGUGGACAUGGAAAAUGGAACAAAACAAAAUGGAACUGAACAGGUCAAGGACGGUACCGGGGAGACCGGAACAAGUGGACAGUUCCAGAACCCAGCCUUUGUAAAAGACGACGACAAAUAAUCAUGAUUUUUUUUUACAUGGAUAAAUAUUAAGCUGGACUAUAUUCCGGUGCGGAACAGUUUUUUAUAAUGUAAGUUUUAUUGAUAUAGUUGCUUUUGUUUUCACUAAUAUUCGAAGCUUUCUGGGUUACACAUAUAUGCGAAUACAAUUUCGAUAAAAUUACAAUGAUCUGAGUUUUUCAAUAAAAAGUAUGAUAUUCUAA